AUGGAAGAGGAAGAACAAGCAGAUGGGUGGACUUGGUCCCCAAGCCAAGUUGUAGGACCAGUGCAUGGCAUCAAGACACUGGUGAGAGGGACAAACACUGCAAUAAGGACCACAACUCAGAUUCGUAGAGAUAAGGAGUGGAAAAUUCAAAGUCUUCGCAGGAAAUAA